ACAACCUUGAAGAACCUUGGCUGUGUGUCCGGGAGUUAGGAAACUUGGGGAUGGAACCUCCCAUGAUGAACCCAGUGGUAGAGCCACUGUCCUGGAUGCUGGGCACCUGGCUGUCUGACCCACCUGGAGCUGGCACCUUCCCGACGCUGCAGCCCUUCCAGUACCUGGAGGAGGUACACAUCUUCCACGUGGGCCAGCCUAUGCUCAACUUCUCGUUCAACGCCUUCCACCCCGACACACGGAAGCCAAUGCACCGGGAGUGCGGCUUCAUCCGGCUCCAGCCUGAUACCAACAAGGUGGCCUUCAUCAGUGCCCAGAAUACAGGCAUCGUGGAAGUGGAAGAGGGCGAGGUGAAUGGGCAGGAGCUGUCCAUUGCCUCCCAUUCCAUUGCCAGGAUCUCCUUUGCCAAGGACCCCCAUGUGGAGCAGAUUACUCGCAAGUUCAGACUGAAUUCCGAAGGCAAACUUGAACAGACGGUAUCCAUGGCAACCACUACCCAGCCAAUGACUCAGCAUCUGCAUGUCACCUACAAGAAGGUGACGCCCUGA